AUGUGCAAGAAGCUGAUAGAGGCCAGGCUGGACCCCUGCAUAAAGGCCGUCGUCAUCCGCAUCGACAGCCCAGGUGGAUCGGCAGUGGCGUCUGACACAAUAUACCGGGAAGUGCUGCGCCUGAAGGAGGCAGGCAAGCCAGUGAUCGUGAGCAUGGGCAACGUGGCGGCCAGCGGCGGUUACUACAUCUCUGCGCCCGCCACAAAAAUUGUCGCGCAGCCAUCCACUGUGACCGGCAGCAUCGGCGUGGUAUUUGGCAAGUUCAACAUAGCGGAGACGCUGCGGCAGCAGGGUAUCAACCCCUGCACUAUAGCAGAGGGGAAGAACGCGGAUGCGCAAUUCCCCUUCUCUGACUGGACGCCUGAACAGGAGCGCCUUGUCAACAGCCUCGUUGACCACAUCUACGCUGGCUUCAUCCGCAAGGUAAAGGCUCUCUUGUCAUCAUUAGCAUUAUUCUCACAUGCUUUUCCUGCCAAGAGGCAAUGUGCGGGAAUGAGCGAGGCGCAGGUACGCAAGAUUGCCAAGGGGCGCGUAUGGAAUGGCAAGGAUGCUCUCGCGCAUGGGCUCGUGGACUGCCUGGGAGGACUGCAGGACGCCAUCGCACUCGCCAAGACAGAGGCCGGGCUUCCCUUGGAGGUCAGUAAACUCCAGAAGUGA